AUGACUCAGGCCUUUAUUGGGCCUCAACAACUACAGCUGCAGAAGGAGCGACACGUUAUAUUGAAGGCAGCUUUGAACGGAGAGUUCGACAUAAAACCGUACAACGUUGCUGAAGGAUAUCAGAGGCAUAUAGUUCACCUCCGUUUUUCAUCGUCGACGAUUCUUCUUCCACGGUUAUUGACAGAGGAGGCACUUCAGCAGCAGCUGAUAGAACUGGGGGAGAAUGAGCAGCUUCGCAUUGGUGGUCUUCUCUUUUUGGUGGGUGAACCCGCUGUGUUCUGGUCCAUGAUGCAGCUCUACUGUAUGCGCGGGACGACGACGAGCUCCAAGUGGGACACGUUGCUGGCAAACGCAAAGCGUGGCUACGUGGAGUGUAUGUUCUUCCGUUCGGCAGUGGGAUGCUUGAGCAGCGAGUGCCCCUUUUCUCACACCACUCCCCCAGCUGUUACGUUGGCCACGCCAUUGCAAAACAUGGCGACAAACAACGCUCUUCUGACGCCAUUGUUGGGUUUUGGUGCGACAACAACAGGAACAGGUGUAAACAUUACGACACCGGCGGUGACUUCAGUGACAAAAACGCACACGAACGGCCUUUGCCAGCCCACAGACUCUGCGAGGCAGGUCAACAUUCCGUCAUUGACAGUAAAAACGGAUGAAUCCGUGGCGUUCCGUGACAGCGUAUGGGGGGCCUGCGGUAUUUCAGAGCCCAAGCCUAUUCAAGAGCCACAGGAGGACCUUUCCUUCAUCUGGGGUGGUGGGGUGAGGGGUGUACCGGAUUUGGAAUGGUAG